AUGUUCCAUCCUGUUGAACGUCCAGCAACCCCAGCAGUGCUGUCGACGCCGCUCCAAAAAUCCCUGCCCAACAUUCUCUCUAAAAAUUCAGAUUCAGAGUCCGAUCCAGUCUCAUCUACCUCGGACUGCCCCUGCUGCCGACUGCCAUCCGUUCCUGAGCUAUCUACGCUCGCCGAGGCUAUCCCACAACUGGACCUGAAUAAAUCCGUCACGCUGGAGGAACAAUUUUUGAAGUCAUUGGCAAUUGAGCCCGCGGUGGGAUCCACGGUCCGUGCCGCAGCAGUGGUUCCUCAAGACCAGCGAGCCGCGGGACACUACCUACUAAUCGAUCUGCUUUGCCAUCGGUUGUUCUCCACAUUCGGGCAUCAGGAAGGCAUUCGGAACUAUAGUGUAUACUAUUAUGAACAUUUCAUCCCCGGCGAUACUUUAACUGUGGUAGCCCGAAAGGUGUUUCAAAGACAGUUGAGCUGGCUAGAAGCAACAGUGGCCAGAGACAGCAUUUUAGUGGCCACUGCAACGGCGCAAUACGACAAUGGUCUAGAACCCGAGGAAGGCAUACAGAUUUUCGCUGAGAAGCUUUUCACUGAUAGAUGUCUUGUGACUCCGCUAAUCAGAUCCAAAAUUCCUUCGCAAUCACAAUCUAAUUAA